CUUCGCUCAAUAAUUUGACUUGUCAGAGAAUUGGAGUUAUUUGGGCUAUUUAUAAAUUUUACGAUCUCCUGCUGAAAACUUCUGUAAAUACGCGGUCCGAUAUGUUGAACGGCCUCCGCGGUGUUUCUCCUUCCUCAGAAGCGAUGUCUGAAAGCACAUUCGAGAGAAAUCGAGCUGAAAAAGCUUUAUUAACAAAGACACCAGCCCAGAGUCAAGUGUACCUCAAUAAACCUAACAAAAAUUAUUCUGAUAAAAAUGGAAACGAUGUCUCUAAAAACAUGCACAGAGGCCGUAAAACAUUUGCUUUUUGGACCCUUGUCGUAUUGUUGUUUGCGUUAGCUAUUGGCAACUUGGUUCUCACAUUUACUAUUUUGGCAGUACUAAGACUUGGACAAGGCAUGGAAAGCAUGGAGUUUCUCCCUGAACAUAACGCCAUUAAAUUCUUCGGUGAGACAGACUUGGAGCAUGUGUACAAGAGAGACGGACUGAUUGAAAGUUUCAAAGACACACCACUCUCUCUCAGCAGCGAGAAUGGGUCGGUGCUGUUCAAUUUGCAGACCAGAUUAUCCCGUACAGACACCAAACUCCAAGUGAACUCGUCGGGCGUCUUCAUCAGGGGUGUCUCCGGGUUCCACCUCCUGGACCCUGACUCCGGGGAGACGGUGUUCAGCACCAGCUCUCAGAACAUGAACCUAGCCGACGGCGUCAAGAAUAUACAUGCCAAGCAAAUGUCAACAAAACGCAUAACAUCGCCGAUCGACGGCGACUUGACCCUGCACUCUGAUUCCUCUGCCUACCUCCGAGGUGCGGAGGGUACCCACAUGGAGUCCAAAGAGAUAUACUGGAACGCUGACCAGGAUAUAUAUCUGAAAUCCUUCAACGGAUCUGUUAUAUUGAGCGGGAAAGAUGGAGUCUAUGUCGACGUUAGAUAUUUGCCUAUAGCGUUGCCGAGUAAUAGGAGUGAGCCAAUUGGCCAGUUUAAAGUGUGUGUUUGCAUGCCGCAAGGAAAAUUGUUUAGGAUAGCGGUGCCUAAUGGGCAGCGGGUCACGUGUUCGCAUGUCAACAUGACAGCCGGUUCGAAUCCGUGCGCUUAAAAUGUACAUCUAUACUAAUAUUAUAAAGCUGAAGAGUUUGUUUGUUUGAACGCGCUAAUCUCAGAAACUACUGGUUCGAAUUGAAAAAUUCUUUUUGUGUUGAAUAGACCAUUUAUCGAGGAAGGCUUUAGGCUAUAAGUAUAACAUCACGCUGCAACUAUAAGUAGCAAAGUAAUAAUGGAAUAUGUGAAAAAAAAACGGGGCAAAUUAUUCAUCGUUGAAGUCCUCAAUGAUGCCCAAAAUAACUAUUCCACGCGGACGAAGUCGCGGGCACAUACAGCUAGUACAUACAUACAUAAAAUCACGCCUCUUUCCCGGAGGGGUAGGCAGAGACUACCUCUUUCCACUUGCCACGAUCUCUGCACACUUCCUUCGCUUCAUCCACAUUCAUAACUCUCUUCAUGCAAGCUCGGCGGUUUCGGGUACUUUUGACCUGACCCUUUGGCAAUGUAUGUAAAAAAAAUGUUCAAUGUUCGCUUAAAAUGUAUGUAAUUUAAUUUAGUGAUUGACAGAUAUGAUGUUAGUAGGUAAAUUUGUUUGGUGAAAAGAAAUUGAUACGUAUUUUUGUUGUAAAUUAUAAUGGCGUCUUUGGCGCAGCGGUAGUGCGCUUGUCUGUGACACCGGAGGCCUUGGGUUCGAAUCCCGGUCGGGGCGUGAUGAGAAAAGAACUUUUUCUGAUUGGCCUGGGUCUUGGAUGUUUAUCUAUGUAUAAUAAGUAUUUAUUAUAAAAUAUAGUAUCUUUGAGUUAGUAUCUCGUAACACAAGUCUCGACCUUACUUAGAGGCUAACUCAAUCAGUAUAAUUUGUCCCGUGUAUACAUAUUUAUUUCUAGAAUAAAGAAUGGUUAGUGAAAGUGAUUCAUUAUGUCGCAUGUUAUUUCAGUUAUACAAACAUACAUUCAUACAUAGAUCACCCUUCUUUCUCGUACUUCAGUUAUAAUUUUAUAAUAAAUAUAUACGGGACGAAUUGCACGUGGCCUUACAGUCUUUGUGAUACUGUUGGCUCUGUCUACACCCAAAGGUAUACAGGGUGACUUUUAAUACAACUGCAUAAAUUUAACUGUUAAGUUUACUCAUCUAGAGGAUAUUAAAAUACGUUAAAAGAAAAUUAUCGGUUCAUAUUUCAGAAAGUAGGAAAAAAUAAAAGUAUCAAAAUCCACGAUCCUAAAUACGUCAUAUCAUCCCGGCCGGCGGAAAAGCGACCGCGUAAGAUUCAGAGGUCAACGACACAAUUCAUUCAGCUGAGCGAUCGCGACAACUCUGUAUUUUACUUGAUCUUGAUACUAGAAAAAUAAUUUAUUUUUCAGACAUUUAUUUACAUGUUUAGUUUUAAUUUCUUUUUGUAUUAUUGAUCUUUAAUAAAGCGUGUGACGUAGUUUUUGAGGGUUUUUUAAAUGUGAAAAUGAUGACGUUUAAUUUAAAUAAAAAUAGGCUAAAACGGCUCAGAAGCAUGGGCAUAGUCUAUGUUUAAAAGGAUGCAGUUGUUUUAAAUGUCACCCUGUAUAGACGUGAUCAUAUGUAUGAAUGUAGGGGAAUAAUCGGAAGCCGCCAUAGUGUUGUGAUAGGCAUUUCAUAUUGUAUAUGUUUCUUUAAUAUUUAUAUGAGGUACCGACAACAUCUUUACUAAUAUUAUAAAGCGGAAGAGUUUGUUUGUUUGAACGCGCUAAUCUCAGGAACUACUAGUUCUAAUUGAAAAAUUCUUUUGGUGUUGAAUAGACCAUUUAUCGAGGAAGGCUUUAGGCUAGAUAUCAUCACGCUGCAACUAUUAGAAGCGAAGAAAUAAUGGAAAAUGUGAAAAAAAAACAGGGAAAAUUAUUCAUCCUCGAGAGCUUCAAUAAUGCUGAAAAUAACUUUUCCACGCGGACGAAGUCGCGGGCACAGCUCGU